AUUAUUCCGAUGCAACAAAAGUUACAAAGCGAGCGUAAUGCGUGGAUUGUAACUAUUUUACCGUUUUGCACCUGCUUUAACGGACGCCGCGUCGACAUAGUGCAGAUUCGUGACAAAAUAACGUGUGGAUCCGCGUCGCUUUGCUCCCUCUCUAUCGGCUGAGUGGGAUACUUGAACAUUUGCUUAUCGUAAUGGAGAUAGAGGAGGUUUGUACUCAAGGUCAUUGAGUGUUUUAAGGCGAUAUUUGUUAUUUACGCACACAUCCGCGCACGCACAUUAACACAUCGCGCUAUCUUCACGUUCUAGCGCAGCCACAGUCCACUGUGGGUGAUUUGUUAUUACGCGGUGCAGCGAGCCUUUACCCGAGCACCUUCUCUGGAGUUAUAUUUAUCCGCUUUUUGACACUGCGAGCUCUCUCUGACAACAUGGAUGGCAAAGUGAAGCAGGGCAGGAGAUGCCGGUCCAAGCGGGAGAGGGUGCGUAGGUUACGGGAGGCAGGAAGCAGAGACGCCCGCAGCCCCGACCCCAACUCCUCCUGCUCCGACAGGGAGGGACACAGUCCGGGGAGGGACGCCGCCUCCCUGCCCGGUAAAAAGGCGCCGCACCCCGCAGCCGCCGCCAGAGCCCCGCGUCCCCCCCGCCGGAAGAGACGCGAGUCCAGCUCGCAGGAGGAGGAUAUCAUUGAUGGAUUUGCUAUCACCAGUUUCAUCAGCCUGGACCGUCUGGAGAAGAAGACGGCUGCUGUGAAGACGCAGGAGAAGAAGGAGCGGUGGAAGGAGAAAAAGGUGGCAAAGCGGCAGAAGGAAGACGGGGAAGUGGCUGAGGAGGAGGAGAAUGUACAACCGGUGGUGGAUCCUCUGGAGAACGGCUUCCUUCAUCACGCCCAGCGGGAGCAGGAGAGGAUGAACGAGCGGCUGCUGAAGAAGACGUACUCAAAGAAGAACAAAAUGAUCAAACCUCUGGCUCUACGUCCAGUCAAAGUCAGCGAGGACGAGACAGUGCAGGAGCUCAACCGACCGCACAGGAGCAAUUCUAAGGAGCAGCUCAGCGAGAGUUCCACUCACUCGCUGUCAGGCCGCGGCUACUCGGUGCAGCCAGCAGCAGUGGCCCUUCUCAAGUGUGACAGCGAGAGUGACAUUGACGACAAGGUGUCUGAUGUAGGAUCAGAGAAGCUCUUCUCCCCCACCACACCCAAAGGUGUGCCAACGAAUGAGAGUCCAGAGUCUAAGACUUGUACCUCGGCCAAAGUUUCAGGUCUCCAGCGCAGCCAGGAGCAGAGCAACAGUGAGGUGCUCUUCACACCUCCCGUGCCCAGCCCCACCCCGGCGUCUGCGCCCACGGGCUCCCCUGCCCCGGCUGCAGCGGCGGCCCCCCUCGAGCCCCCUAGGUCACGCCUCCCCAGCCCCACUCCUCUCAGUGUCAAGAAGGAGCAGCAACCUCCGCCCCCUAUCCCCACCCCUACCCUGCUGAGGGCACAACCCCACCCCCAGCCCCACCCUCCCCACCCGCACGUUCACCAGGAGCCGCGUGUUCUUCCGCCCCCGCAGCACCACGCACGGCCUGUAAUCAGCCACCAGGUGCACCACCCAUUGUACAGCAGCCUCCACGACAUCAGCCACAGCAGCAGUCCGGUGGGUCUUCCCAAGCAGCACUUGCCCCCCUCCCCUCACCAUCACCUCAGUGGGCUCCCUUCCUCAGCCCCCGCCUUGCCUCUGUCCAUAGCUAACCUCUCUACCUCGCACUAUUCCUCCCUACGGAGCCCGGCCCAUCGCCAUUCGGCCAUGUUUGCAACCCCAGCCACACUGCCGCCACCACCGACCUUACCGACCAACAGUUUAGUGGUGCCUGGGCACCCCGCCGGCACCCCCUACCCAGAGCAUGACCUCCUGAGGCAGGAGCUGAACAACCGCUUCCUGGUUCAGAGUUCAGAGCGGGGCCGGGGGCCGUCCGCCUCCCCGCUGGCCCCUGUGUCGCUCCUGAGGGCCGAGUUUCACCAACACCAGCACAUGCACCAGCACCAACACACCCACCAGCACACCUUCACGCCCUUCCCCGCCAGUCUGCCCCCGGCCGCCAUCCUCACCCCGCCCACCGCACCCCCCAUGGUGCGUACCCAAGCCAGAAAUUUCGACAAAUACACCCCCAAACUGGACAAUCCAUUCAUCAGGCAUUCAAAUUUCUUCCCCUCCUAUCCCCCCACCAUGCCAGGCAUGCCCCCGCUGCUCCCACACUCAGGACCCUUCAGCUCGCUGCAAGGAGCCUUCCAGCCCAAGGCUUCUAAUCCUAUCGACGUAGCAGCUCGUCCUGGGGCAGUACCUCACACACUCCUACAGAAAGAUCCAAGGAUAACAGAUCCGUUCAGGACAUCAGUUAGGAAACCUGGCAAGUGGUGCGCAGUGCAUGUCCAGAUCGCAUGGCAGAUCUACCACCACCAGCAGAAAAUGAAGCAAAUGCAGCUGGAUCCUCACAAACUUGACAUGAAUGGGAAGCUGGACCUUUUCAGUCGACCCCCAGCUCCUGGAGUCUUUCCCGGGUUCCCUUACCCCCAUGACCUGGCAAGACCCCUCUUCUCUUCCACAGGCUCCGGUCACCCAGCUCCCUCUCCGUAUGGCCCUGCCCCCCAUCCCAGCGGCUUCCUGCCUCCUAGCCAUUUGGCAGGUAAGUAUCCUUUCAGUCGCUCCAGUUCCUUUGGCGGCCUCGGCAACCUUUCAAGCAGUGCCUUCGGAGGAUUAGGCAACCCCUCGCUUGGGUCCAACAAUAUGUUUGGCACCAAGGAGGGGCCAGGAGGACUGCCCACGUUUGGCAGCCCCCACCACGACACCUGGAACAGACUUCGACGCACCCCGCCGUCUUUCCCCACCCCACCACAGUGGCCCAAAACCGCAGAUGCCGAGAGGAGCAGCUCAGCAAACAGCCAUGAGAGAGAGCGGGAGAGGGAACGAGAAAGAGAGAGAGAACGGGAGAGAGAACGAGAGAAAAGAGACUCGUCCGUCGGGAAGGAGGAGAAGGAUAAAGACAGGGAUUCUGUGGAUCGAAACCGUCACUCCAACCGUUCAUCUCCGGCCUCUGCACCUGUCAGCUACCAGAUCAGCAGCCUGAUUCGCUCUAACAGCCAGAACUCCAACGACUCGGGUCGACAUCACAGUGGCAGCGUGGAUCGGGUCCGAGAGGCAGAGAAGGAGCUGCUGGAGCGCCACAGAGAGUCAUCCACGCUGGCCGACGUGAAGGUGAAGGAGAGCCGCUCCCCUAGCAAAGAGAUGUUAGAGAGGAGAUCUUCAGAAGACUCCAUCAAACCCAUCCAGCGCUCUCCCUCUCCGUACUCAAAGGUGGUGCUCAAUGAGCAGGGACUGAAGAUGGCAGGCGGGCCCCCACCUACAUUCAAGGACGGUGAAAGGAAAGAGUCCCAGUCUGUGGAGCUCGUCCACAAGGUGAAAAACGACAUGAAGAUUAAGGAGGAGAGGAAGGAAGAGCAGGAGGUCAUGGUGGUGAGUUCUGAGCCUGCCCCACAGCCACCAGCCCAGGGUCUUCCUGUUCCCAUCAGCCAACCUGGAAACCCACACCAUCAUCACCCACCUUUGUCCCAGCACCAUCUUCCUUCACCACGUGGAAGUGACAUCCCAGCACCGGGCCUGCAUGGCGUCCCAAUGGCUCACUCCCUCCCCCUCUCUAUGAGUGCCAUGCCUCAGAUGGGCAGCCUCAACGUGCUGGACCGGGCUCGUAUGGCUCCUUUCAUGGGAGUGAGUCCUCUGGCAGGAAGGGAGCGCCUGCCCCACCCGGCCUUCCCAUGGGACCCUCUCAGAGAGGCAUACCGCAGCCUGGACUUGCAGCGGCGCAUGGACAUCCAGCUCAGGGCGGAGCAGGGACACCGCUUCCCGACCAUGUACGAGCAGGAGCGAGCGUACAGAGAGAGGGAGGCGCAUGACUACUCGCACCACGAACACCUGCUGGAGGUACGCAGGGAGCACGAAAGGAUGAGACAGCAGGCGGAGGAGAGAGAGCGCCUCCACCUAAGAGAGGAGCUGGACAGAGCACGCCUCCAUCAGCUUCAUCAGUCCCCCAUGGAAGGCCAUCUACCCCACAUGCCCCCCUUUAUGCCCCACCUAGGGGGCAUGCCCUACCCCAGACUCAGCCCCUCCACAGGACAUAACGGCCCCCUGAACAGAACGCCACCCACAGCUGCACUCAGUGCGCCCCCGCCCCUCGUGCCAGCUGGCAGUGCCAGGCCAGCCUCACCCAGGAGGACUACCCCCCUCACUACCACCCAGGACCCAAGAGACUACUCCCCAUCCCGCAACCCCAAAGAGGUGGAGGCUCGGUAGCUUCACAGAAAAGUGCACAAAAUCUCCUAAAGGCACUCUCCCCUAAUCUGAACUCCUGUUCUGAACAAAAUGCACUGCUCCUGCUCACUUGAGAGGGGCAAAGCUAUGGAGUCAUUUUUGUUUCAGAACUCAAGAGCGCAUUUUGAAGUUUUGAGAGCAUGACUUAUUGAUUCUGGGCUCAGAUUUCUCUUCAAACUUUCCAUUAACCCCCUUGCGCUUAGAUUUUCUCUGUGCUCAAAAUGUCUGCUUGCUCUCAAAUCUUGAAAGCUUGCUCAAAUUUCCGGCACUUGUGCUCAAACCAUUCUCCUCUCGUUCAGGCUGCUUUGCCUGCUUGUGAAACUGCUAGUCUCUGAUUUUUCUCUGUGCACACGUACGAAACAUUCUCUUUGGCACUCAAAACUUUAUCCGUGGGCUUGAAAUGUAUUUCUGCUUUGGAUCUUUUUUGAUAAACCAACUAAUAAAGCUUACAGUGCCCAUGGCUCUGGUCCCAGAAGUAAAAUUAACCAUUUAAAUCCCAAAUAUACAUUUAGCAAAAUGAUUAUUUUAAUGCACAAACCAAGUUAAACAACUACCUGAAUAGACAUGGCGAUGAAAAAGCAUUCGACAAUGCUUAUCCCACAAUCUAUUGUGAUUCCUUUUAAUCAUUUUUCAUCGAUUCACACAGGUAGCUCAUGGUAAGUCUACCUCAGAUACUUCUAACAAAAUGGCUAAUAGUUUUGGCUAAAUGAAUGGGAAUUUUACUUCCUGCACCACACUGUUUAGCCCUAUAGGAAACAGGUACAGGGUCGACCAGACAUGCUUGCUCUGCCUGUUAAUGGCGUGCUGUUUCGCCGGAGAAAUUUGCUUUGAUCUCACUCAAGGUCGCUCAUAAGGGGGGAUAAAGGAGAGCUUUCUAGGGCAUAACCAAACUGGGGCCAUUAAAGGUCAGCAAAAUCAUGGCCCAUCGCAAAGUUAAACUGUGAUGAUAUUUUAUUUUUAACCUGAAUAAUACCCACUCUUAUAAAAGCAAUACAACGUGAUUUAAAAAAUACUGUUGUACAAAUAAAGCCUUUUUAAAAAAUAUAAACACCUUUUCCUAAAACAAAAUUACCCUUUUUUGGUAAAGUUAACAAUAGGGAUGGGCACACUGAACUUAACCAUUUGGAAAGUAAUGUUAGACUUCAAAUCUGGGUCAUGAUGUGCACAAAUGAUAGGAUGCCAGAAAAUAAAAUGGAAAAAGCUAGGACAACUUUGAUGGAAAAUGAUUACAAAAAUGGGAAAAGAGGCAAAAUAUAGGCAAAAUAUAGGCAAAAAUGGCCAAAAAGCAGCACAAUAGGUAGAAACUGGCAAAAAUGAGUAAAAAGCAAUUAAAAUGGGCAAAAG